CGACUCGGACCCGUCCGCCAUGUUUGUGUAUGACUUCGACGCCGUCUUCACAUAAUAUACUCGCUAACACCUCGGGUCCAAAAUAAUCGCCCUGUAGCAUCUGCCCCAAUGCACUUAUCCAAACUUGAAAGGAAACAAACACUCUGAAGACAUCUGCCGUCCUCUGUGAUGGCGGCCAGUGCUCGAGAUGAGGAGUUUGAUGAGUACGAUAAACCGGGAGCCGAGAGAUCGAGGAGACGAAGAGGUGGAGGAGGUGAUGAUGAUGAUGAUGAUCUGGACAGUGAUCUGGAAGGCGACCUGCUUGAGGAGGACUGGCUUUCAUCCAAGAAGAACCCGUCAGAGCUGUCAGAUGAAGAGCUUAAUGACGACCUGCUGCAGAGUGACGAGGAAGACCAGAACACCAGCGCGCAGGGUGCAGUGGUGAGCCUGAACGCAACGUCGGGUCUCAACGAAUCCUACGAGCUCCAGGAAGGAGAUGACUACACGGCCGAGGAGUACAGAGUAGUGGAGGGAGAGCAGGUGGAACAGGCGGAGGAGGAGUACGGGGCUGAAGAGGAAGAGGGGAUGGACUGCACCACGGGAGGAAACGAAGACGAAGUGCUGGACCUGCAGAUUGACGAGCCGCUGGAUGACGAAUUUCAAGUCGAGGACUACGGCCCAGAGCCACAGGAAGUGCAGCCUGACACACAGGAGAUGGCGGAGGGGGCGGAGCCUGAGGAGGAAGUUGAAGACGUCUCUCAGGUUACAGAAGCAGAGGAGCUGGAGGUCGAACCUGAGGCCGACGCGAAGGAAGAAUCCGACGAGGACGACGAGGACGACGGACGCGGGCGGCUGCGUUUUAAAACCGAACGCAAAGACAGCACCGUGGUCCGUCUCUCGGACGCCGUCAGCAAACGCCGGAACAUUCCGGAAACGCUGGAACUGACCGAAGAGGCCAAAGCAGACCUGCUGGAGUUCGAGGAAAAGGAACGGCUGAGGAAGCAAGGUCGCUUCGGUGGACGAGGGAGAGGAGGAGUAGGGGGAGGAAGAGGAGGAGGUGGACCGCCCGCAUUCGGUUUGGGAGGAUUCCGUAAAGACGGAGGCGCAGGGCGGGGGAGGAUGAACGAAUCCAGACCUCCGCUGAUGCCAGUCAACUUGGGCAUGCAGCCCAGGAUGAUGUCUCCUCCGUCCCAUCGUCCUCAGCCCCGCCCCUCCGGUCCACGUGGAGGUCCCGGUCUUUUCCCUACGCCGCUCAUGCCGCUCCCCCAGCAGCAUCUGCAGUCCCUGAUGUCUUCACGCCCGCCGGCGCCGCACCAGAGUCCGCAGCAUGAACUGCACCCGCCUCGCCCUCACGGACACACACACGCAAUUCCACACACACACUCCAACCAGCAGCAGCAGCAGCAGCAGCCCAAGAACAUUCACAUCAACCCGCAUUUCAGAGGCCCGGCGUCCUCCUCGCCUGUGCAGGUUCCUUUGAUAUCGUCUGCUCCGAACCAGCCCAGACCCAACCUUGGCCCUCAGAGAUUCCCGGGCCCUGUGGAUUUCCAGCAGCACCUCCAGGGUAAUUUCCUCCAGCCUCAGAGACCCCCGCCUCAGGAGCAGUGGAGAAGACCGCCGCCGCCUCCCCACCAGGAGAGGGAGCCAUUCUACAGCAACGAGCCACGUUUUCCAGCCCAGCCCCUGUUUGAUCUCCCUGGCUCCGCCCCCUUGAUGAACAACAACAUCCUCCCUCUAUCCUUCCCUCAGCCGGGGCCAGGGUUCUGCCCCCCGGUCGGCGGAAUGUUCCAGCGAGACCUUCCUCCCCCUCGCCCCAACCUGCCCCCUCCUCAGCAGUCUCCUCCCCCGCCUGCACCUCGCGGCUUCAUGGGACCCAGACAGCCGUUUCCUCCACAGCAGCACAACGCCCCCUUCAGUCCUCAGCAUGCACCCUUUGGCAUGCAGGGCCUAAUUCAGCCACAUCCUCAGCAGCAGCACCAUGACCCUCCCCCACAUCCACAUCAUCACCCAAUGCACCAGCAGCAGCAGCAGCACAGACAGGAAGUUCCUCCUCUGCCUCAUAAUCAUCAUCAUCGCCAGCAUCAGCACCAGGAGCAGCAUCCCAUCAUGCACUUCUCUCACCCGCCCUUCCGUCAGCCCAUUCCAGGCGGACCUAGACAGAUGAAGCCUCGCCCACAAAACAACAUGGGUGGCUUGAGAAUGGGGUCUCCUUCAUCCAUGCAACACCUCCAAAGCUUCCCUCAGCGCAACAGUAACUUGCGUGAGCUCCCCGUCGCCCCCGGCAACCCCAACCCCAUCCGUCACCAUCAGCCUAGGCCUUUGACCAGGCCGGGGCAGGGGGGUGGGGGAGAAGACAACGGGCGAGGGCGUGGUCUCCCUAAAACUGCCCCACCUCCAGCCACCUCAGAGAUGAAGAAUAAAAUACCAACUGCACAGACGAGCACACCUGUACAAAAAACCAUGCCAAACAGACCUGCACAGGAUGAUGAUGAGGAUGAGGAGACACGUCAGUACAGGCUGAAGAUCGAGGAGCAGAAGCGACUACGUGAGGAAAUCCUUAAACGUAAGGAAAUGCGCAGGCAAAUGCAAGCAGGCGCACGAAAAAAGGAGCUGCUGGAGCGCCUUGGUGGACAAGUAGUGCCUCAAACACCCCCAGUGCAGACUCAAACCACCCCGACUCAACCCCAAACCACCCCGACUCAACCCCAAACCACCCCGACUCAACUCCAAACCACCCCGACUCAACCCCAAACCACCCCGACUCAACCCCAAUCCAUCCCGACUCAACCCCAAUCCAUCCCGACUCAACCCCAAUCCAUCCCGACUCAACCCCAAACCAUCCCGACUCUACCCCAAACCAUCCCGACUCAACCCAAAAACAUCCCGACUCAACCCAGAACCAGCACAACACCCCCCUCAGCCACCCCCAACGGCAUUAAAUCCCGCCUACAGAACCCCAGCGUAGAGCAAAAGCAGCGCCCACAGAACCCACAGAGACACGUUCCACAGCUCCCCAGCUCCAACAUCGACGUCACCGCUCCUCCAGAAGAGAAGAAGAUUGCACCGAUCCAGGCACAGGCUAACGUUGUGAGGAAGAGGACGGUCAUGCAACGUGUUAACACCGGCGGCCUCGCCUCGCCUCAGAUCCCGCAAAAAGUGCGAGUUGUUAAACGACUAGCGGGCGGAGAGGAGACUCCAACCCUCCAGAAUCAGGCGAUUGGACGAGCCGCUCCUCAGCAGAGACUGGGCACCGCCAGGAAGGUCACGGUGCCAGCGGCUGGACCACAACAACAACAACAACACCAGCCACCGCCGCCGCAGCAGCAGCCUGAAGUGAGCCAGAGUAACCGGGUGGUGGUUUCUGGGCGUGGGCGUGGGCGUGGUGCUCGUGGCGGUCGGAUGAUGCCUCCAAACAGACAGAGUACGCGGAGUGUGGAGUCUCAGUCCAGCACGGUGUCUAUAGACGGCCUGUCAUCCUCUACCACAGAGAAACAGAUCAAAAACCUUCUCAACUCCAUCGGUCCCAUACAGAUGUUUAAGAUGAUGCCGCAGCAGAGGAAAGCCGUUGCUAAGUUUGUGAAUCCUCAGCACGCUCUGAGCUUCCAGCACAGCUUCCACAGGCAUAUGAUCGAUCUGUCCCACAUCGACGUGACCAUCUUGGACAGCUGAGCGGACGGACGGACGGACGGACGAGAGAACGAUCAGCACGAAGCCGAGAGGUGACAUUGGGCUCCUGCAUCAAGGCCACGUUUUCCACGAAAGCUCUCAAAACACUAAAGCGAAUCUCGGAGGAAAUAACGUGAGGAGAAAUAAAACACCAAACGACUCGGAUUUUAAUCGUCCAUGGUUUCACUGAGAGCAGCUGUUCUUGCUUUGUGUUAUUUACUCCGGUGAUUAUUCCCAAAACUUAGUAACACUUGGGGAAAGUCGCUCUGACUGUAGAGACGCUGUUAUUGUUAUUGUUAUUGUUUUCUUUUGACUGAACGAUCAGCAAGUGAAAGGUGAGAGAAGGCUGCUUUUAAGUGAGACCUGUAGCGCUCGAUAUCGGUUGCUCCUGUCCUCCUUGUUUACGCUUCUGGACAAGAUCGCUCAUGCUGGAGUUGUAGUUCUUUUUUGCCACCACUAGAGGGCAGCAGAAACGGGGUGUAAAGAGUUUGUUCAGGUGUGACGUAGCUGUAGUUCAUAUUUCAGCACAUUUAUCCCCAUCCAACACUUCACUCAGCUUUUAGCAGCCACACGUUUAUGAUCGCAGGUUUAAAUACUGACUUUAUUUAUUUUAUCACCAAACUUAAAAAAAAAAAAAAAAAAAAAAAGGUCUACCUUUAAAUUAAAUAAAAGAAACGCUAUUACAGGUUCUGUAAUAAAACACCGGCGAUAGACAAACCUUUCCACUUAAUCUGAAAUUUUACCAGCUAGCAUCACGUGUAAUUAGCCAUAGCUCCCUUUCAGUUUGUUCGGUAUGGAGACUAUAGUGUUCUUUCUUUCUUUCUUUCUCUCUCAUUCACUUUUUUUUUUUUUUUUUUUUAACACUAGCACGGCUCUGGUUAGCUAUGAAGCGCUGCAUUCUGAAGAAAUAUAAUGCUAACACUGCUAAUUUUAUUUCAGGAUUUCAUUCGUUCUUCAUUUCCUUAAUAACUCUAUAGUAAUGGCCUCCCUGUCGUUUACAUCACAGCCCCGGCGUUAGAUUUAGCUCUGAAGUUUUUAGCUCGUGUCGCAUCUAGACGUCGCGUUAGUGUCUGGAGUCCGAAGCGUUGUUAUUGUUAUGUUAGCUCUGUGCUAAACUAGACUGGAGAGGUGGAUUUGUGGAGGUUUUUUUUUGUGUGUAAAGUUUUUUCUGAGGUAAAAAUCUCCCUGUUUUUAAGCGUUUGUUCACUCUGUUGCUCAAGUGCGCUCUUCCAUUCCCCUGCUGUGAAGGAUUGUUAUGUUAGCUUUGCUAACUUGCAUUACAAAGCAAGUAAACAUAUCUGUUCCUCUCUCUCUCUCUCUCUCUCUCUCUCUCUCUCUCUCUAUUUAUCUUUACCCAUGGCUUUUUUUAUGAUGUACUUCAUUUUCUUAGUUGGAUUAGCUUGCUAGCAUUGCUAACUACCUUGAAAUGGUCAGAUGUUGUAUUUUUCCGCUGGACUCUCGAGGUUGUAAAAGCUGGAGUUAUUUUGAAGUUGCAUUUUCUUUCUUUUUCUGUUUCCUCCCGGAUGUUUUACCGCUUCAGAGUCGUUCCGGAUCGGCGUUUCGCCACGUUGUCUUUGCUGACUCGUGCUGCCAUCAGUACAACAUGAGUUCUGAUGUUUUUUUUUCUCUGCCUUGGACGGAUGAUUCAUUAAAAUGCUUCCACUUCGUCACAGCUUCCUCGGCGUGCGCUAGCUAGUGUUUAUUGCUGACUAGCAUUGUGGUGAUUUUGCACUGCGUUACCACACCAUAUCCACUGAGCUUUUACUCCUUUGUGUUUCCCUUUAUUUUAAUGAGCGCCACUUUAUCUUUCAUCCUUAGCGAUUAGCACAGAAGCUGCCCUCGUCCUCGUUCCUCUAGCUGUUAGCCUUUCAGCGUUUCACUGUUCUGCGCUUGUCCAGGAGUCUCUGUGUGUCGGGAGCAGCCGCUAUCAGCGCUCACGCUCAUGUGAAUAAGACCAGCUUAUAUUGGACCUUUUGAGGAACUUUGUGGAAGUCUUUUUUUUUUUUUUCUUUUUUUUUUUUUUUCCUUUUUCUUUCCUUAAAUAUUAGAAAUUUCAAGUUGUUGUUUAUUUGUACCAAAACACAUCAUUGCUGAAUUGUUUUAUACGUUUUGUUUGGAGAAGCAGGCUUAGGCCAAAGUGUUGAUCUUUGGCACGCUUAUUAAUAUGAUGAUUUGAAGACGUUUUAAAGAUUAAAAAAAAAAACAGAAAAGAAAAAGAAGUAUAAAUGAUGGUCGUGUGUAUAAAACGUAACGUGGCGUAUCUGCAGGCGGUUCACUGAAAAAAACCCCACAACAAUAAUCUCUCUUUUCCUCAUCUCACCACCUUAACAUCUCCAGUCAAGUGUUUUGGGUUUAAGGGAGGGGGAUUUUUGAGUUUAAAGAACUGAUGUUUUUUUUUAUUAUUUAUUUAUUUAUUUAUUUAUUUAUUUUGGUUGCGACUUGAAAUUAUUUUAUUUAUUUAUUUGUAGCUUAAGAAAACUUUUUUUUUUCCUCAUGAAAAAAAAAAUGGAAUCCUAGCAAGUUAGAACUGAAAGCUGCUUUCACACUUUUUUAUAUUGAGGAGUUUUAUAUACAUUUAUUUAUUUAUUUAUUUCUGUGUUUAUUAGGCAGGGGGAAAAAAACGUUGAGCAUGAAAGCAGCCCUAUUCGAAAUCGAAAUUUGUAUCAUUUUUAAGUAAAAAGCGCUAGAUUAAUUAGAUUAACGUGGGUAAUUUCUUUACGUCUUGUCCACAGGUAACUCGUACACGUUGGUAAGAUGUCUUUGUUGUUGUGUGUGUGUGUGUGUGCGUGCGUGCAUGCACAUUUUUAAUUCAUCUUGCUUUUAUUUCUUUAUUUUUCAUCCUUUAUUUUUUUUCGUUUGUUUUAAACGUCCUCAUGCGUUUGAAGCGUAUCAGCUAUGCUGAGCUGUGUCACAUGACACCUUUCUGACGUGUGUGUGUGUAUGCAUAUAUAUUAUGUAUAUAUAUGCAUACACACACACACACAUGCGUAUAAGACUUAAACACGAGUUUUAUUAGAAACAAACCCAGGUUCAUAUUGAAUCUUAAAGUAACUUCGUAUGAAGAUGUUUUUCUCCUGUCCUGUGGUUCAGUUACUGAGAUAUUGAAAUGUUUUUUAGGAGUUUUCAUACUGGACGCUUUUGAAAAAGCCUUCUAAGUGGUUUGGUUCUGUCUGUGUUGUAAUUUGGGGCUCUUUUUCCUGCAGGUUUGAUGAUCCAGAUUCUGUCUACAUGGUUAUUUUAUAGAAUUGUUUUAAAAGAACCGUUCAGCAGUAAAUUUCACAAGCAGUCAGUUAGUUAAAGACUUGUUCGGUGUCCAGUGUUUGCUUCUUCACUUACCAGUUACACUUACAAUGUUUUUGGGAUUCUGUCUAGGGAAAAUAUUAGCCUUGUAGCUCCAGAGAAAAAGCCACCAGGCAUCAAACAGCAAGUGUUUCAGCUGAUUGUCUCCAAGUGAGGUCAUAUUUUGCGUCAAUUGGGCUAGUAAUGUUUUACAAAAAUCCUACUAGAAGUCAGAUUACAGCAAAAGCAGAUUAUUUAAAGCGGCAGUGUGUAAUUUUUACAGCCCUCCCCUUCCUGCGAGAGCGCUCACACUUAAACUUAAAUCGCCAAGCCUUCGACUUCCCACAACAGUUAAAACGAUCUUUGACUUGCUUUUUACAUACAUUUGAGGCAGCUUUCGGGAGCGGAGCUGGGUUCAGGGCCAGAAAAGUGUAAUUCGGAAACUUAAGUUGAACUAAAACUCCACACAAGCAUUAAAAUUCUGCUCGAGUUCCCUGUUUUAUCUAAAAUAACUCCGCCUGUGUUUUGUCUAGAUGGAGGGGUGUAGCUAAUUUCUGGGCCAGAAAAAGUAUAGGCAGAAACGUGAAAUAAAUUCACAUUUGAAAACGCUUAGUUUUAUUUAUUUAUUUAUACUUUAAACUUUAAACCUGAACUUUAAAGAAACAGUGCGUAUUAUUUAUUUAUUUAUUUCAUUUAUAUCCCUUUGCUAUCUUUGAUUCUACUGAAACAACCCAAAAAAAAAUAAAUCGUCAAGCUUUCACUUUUCCACAUCUGAAAAAAAUUAUGAUUGAGGAGUUCCCUUGUUGCAGCAGGAGGCGGAGCUAAACAAGUGUCUGAAAUGAACAGCCAAUUAGAGCCCUUUUUUUUUUUGAUAAUUAAAGGUCUAGUAAUGAUUGUAAACUUUACAUACUGCCACUUUAACCAGUGAACGGUUCCUUUUAAUAUAGAAUUCUUUCUAUCUUACUAAUGAUGGUUUUGUCCACAGCUAGUGUUUCCAGCGAGCGAGUUUUCCCUCUAACGCGAUUCCGUUUCUCACCAGGUGCAGGGCAGAUGAACAGAUUCCUCGUCCUUUUACCUCUGUCUUUUUUUCUUAGCAUAAUCGCUAAACAAUUGCUCGCCAAAUCUCCGUAGCGGUGUGUCGGCUCGACGUCCCGGCACAGACUGCACCUUGAAUGUUCACAUGACGUGGUUUUUUUUUUUUUUUUAUAUUAAAGCAGGAGGACGUGGCUCGUGGAUUUCCUUAAUUUGUUUACCUCGGAUCGGUGACGCUGCACCCGAGUGAACAUUCACAAGCUCGCUCCGAGCUGCAAGCGAUUUCUGUCUGUUACACACACACACACACACACACACUCUGUGCACACACUUCUGCCUUGUUUUUGUGGAGGAAACGCUCCGUAUAAGAGAUCAUGUACUGUACGCUCCGAAGUCAUGUGAUCACUGGUUACUGUAUGGAGUGAACUGUGUGUUUCUUCAACUGUUGUCAUGGACACAUCAGUGUGUACACGUCCUCUUUCUGUCAGCAUGGCAAUGUAAACAAUUCAACAAGCAAUAAAACUACCUGAAACAAC